AUGCUUGCCGUAAUCAUUCCGCUUGCGGGUAUCAGAGAAGGUCAACAAUUAUUAUAUCAAUUACAUUUACUUAAUAGAAAAACAUUUUCCCAUAUUGGUGUUUACAUCGGACUAUUUGGAUCCAGUGCAUUAUUAGCAUUUUGUCUUGAAUUCAGUGAAUUUCUAUUAGUUUCAAAUACAUCUUCAUUGACAUUAAGUGUAUCGGGUAUUUUCAAGGAAGUUGUUAUGCUCUAUUUGGCUGUUGAAUAUAAUAAAAAUGAAUUAAAUACAAUCAAUAUCAUUGGUCUUGUUAUAUGUCUAACUGGCAUUAUUUUUCAUUGUAUUCUCAAAUUCUAUAUAUUACAAAAAGAAAAACAUAUGGAUAUCGAUCCUGUUGUAACUGAACGAUUACUUUUACGUAGGUUAGAAUCAGUUGAUGAAUGGUCAAUAGAUGGUGAAACAAAUAUGAGACGUACACAUGCCAACGACUGA